AUGAGCGACAACACGAACGAGUUGAAGAAGAAGGCAAGGAAAGGAGUUGUAGUUGAAGAAGCUAACGGAAAAGAAGAAGCUGAAAAAAUAGGAGCAACACCUGAUGAAGAAGAAAAAGCUGACAAAGAAGAAGCUGAUAAAGCUGCAGCGAGUGAAGAAAAAAAAGAAAAGAAAGGUGAGAAAGAAGCAGUUGUUGAAGGUGAAGGAAAAAGGAAGGCGAGGAAAGAAAGGAAGGUGAGAAAGAAGCAGUUGUUGAAGGUGAAGGAAAAAAAAGAAGGUGAGGAAGAAAAACAAGAUAGGUUCAUGGAUAUCGUUGAUGAAAUCAACAACACCUAUGCUGAUGAGGAGGAAAAUAGUGAAAAAGAUAUUUGA